AUGCUUGACUGUGUGAAGACAUGGUGGACAGACAGACCAACACCAGACUGUCCUGUUUGUCAGAGAAGGUCUUCAGAGGAAGAACCACCAUGUAACCUGGUUUUAAAGAACACGCGCGAGACCUUCUUACAGGAGCGAGGUCCAAGGUCUUCAGAGGAAGAACCACCAUGUAACCUGGUUUUAAAGAACACGCAGGUUCUCUGUCUGGACCAUCAGCAGCCAGUGUGUCUCGUCUGCAUAGAUUCAGAAAAACACAACGAUGAAGCUGCACAACAACACAAGAAGCAACUUCAGGAAACUCUGGAGACCUUCAAGGAGAAUUUAGAGAGUCUGGACAAAGUUCCAACAGCAGAACACAUGAACGUCCAGGCCCGACGCACAGAGACACGGAUGAAGGAGCAGUUUAAAGAGGAAGAGGAGCAGAAGAGUCUCAUGAUGAAGGAGAAGAUGGAGGCUCUGAGUCAGAUACUGUCAGGGCCACAGAGAGAAGCAGCGCCCCCUGCUUGAGCUCUGAUAGACGAGGCCAAACACCUGGACAACCUGGCCAUCAACAUCUGGAACAAGGUGAAGGACGUGGUCUCCUACAGUCCUGUUGUUCUGGACCCAAACAGCAGUAGUUAG